CACAAUUCAACAUUAUUGCAGUAACUUUUUCUUUUUAUUGCCCGGCCCGCUCUUCUUCUUUCUAUCGGCCUAUAUAUUCAGAAGAGUUUUGUUUUGGAAAUCAACUAAAGGGAAGAAAAACGGGUGGCAGAAAGAGAAGAAUGGAAGGAGGAGGAGCGUUGCUAAAGAAGCCUUUUCUUGAAAACGGCAACGGCGCCGGAGUAUCAUCGUCGCCGCCGCCGCCUGCCCUUAUCUUCAGCACGUUCGUCGCCGUUUGUGGCUCCUUCACAUAUGGCUGUGCUAUAUCGUUUUCGUCACCAGCCCAAGAUGGAAUUACCCAAGAUUUGGGACUCUCUGUUGCGGCUUUCUCAAUGUUUGGGUCAGUUUUGACGGUUGGCGGGAUGAUUGGAGCUCUAUUCUGUGGGAGAAUGACGGCUAUUCUUGGUUGCAAAUACACGAUGUGGCUAUCACAGGUUUUCUGCAGCAUUGGCUGGGUUGCAAUAGCACUUGCCCCUAGUUCCUGGUGGCUUGACAUGGGAAGGCUUUCAAUUGGGUUUGGAGUUGGGUUCUUGACCUACGUGGUAAUUUUCACUAACUCGUUGCUGACAAAUUGCGGGUGUUCUAUUGUUUUCCUGGUGGGAAAUUUCAUUUCCUGGCGCACAUUAGCCCUAAUGGGUCUUGUUCCGGCGAUCCUACAACUCGUGGGGCUAUUUUUCAUUCCUGAGUCUCCAAGAUGGCUGGCAAAAGUAGGAAGAGGUAAAGAGUUUGAAGCUUCAUUGCAAUGGUUGAGAGGCAACAACGUUGAUAUCUCUGAAGAAAAAGAAGAAAUUGUAAAUACCAUGAAUUUUUUGAAAGAAGAUUCAGAUGCCAAAGUCAUGGACCUUUUCCAGAAGAAAUAUGCAUACUCCCUCACUGUUGGACUUGGUCUAAUGCUUUUACAGCAACUUGGAGGCAGUUCAGGAGUUUCAUUUUAUGCUAGUGGUGUAAUUGAGAAAGCUGGAUUUCCAACCAGCACCGGUACCAUCAUUAUUUCAUUCAUACAGGUACCAUCAGCGGCUGCAGGCCUGUUCUUGAUGGAUUUUGCUGGAAGAAGACCACUGCUCAUGGUUUCUGCUGGUGGAAUGUGUUUCUGUAGCUUUCUUAUGGGAUUAUCAUUUAUAUUGCAGGGGCUUAAUGUUUUGAAGGACUUGACUCCAAUUUUAACCGUCCUUGGUCUUACUGCAUACAUAGCAGCUUUCUCAAUUGGGGUGGCAGGCAUUCCAUGGAUCAUGAUGUCUGAGAUAUUUCCCAUGAGCGUGAAGGCAUUAGCCGGAACUCUCGUGGCAUUAGUCAAUUGGUCAUCUUCUUGGCUCGUCACUUACACUUUCAACUUUAUGCUACAAUGGAGCCCUGCAGGGACAUUUUUCAUUUUUGCCUUAGUUUGUGGGGCAAUGGUUAUGUUCACCUGGAAAUGGGUACCAGAGACCAAAGGAAGGACCCUUGAAGAGAUACAUGCAUCAAUGGCAGGUUGCUUGCACUAAGAGAGGCAGACCCCCUCUGAUAGCAUGUGUUGGGAUGGGUGACUCCAAAUCAUGGUCCAUGAAAUCGUACUGGAGAUUGUACCGGAAAAGUCAGCGAUAAAAUAUUUUAUGGUAGAAUCGUGGUUUAAUCGUAGUUCAACCGUUAAUAUCAUUAAAUACCAUCUACCGAUUUAGCCUCCAAUACUGAUAUUUCGUGGUUGAACCGCCGAUACGAUAUAGUUUCAUGGUCCAUACUCCAAAUUCGAGAGAAUAGCGGUUGAUAAUGGUCAUAUUUGUGACAGCAUGUUUGUCCUUAUCUCUGUUGAACUAUUUUAUAAUCUACACAUAAUAUAAUAC